AUGCCAAGCGGGUGGAGCAUUGGAUAUCAUUAUGAUUCAUUUUGGCUCAUAACUAAGCAUCGCGAUACUUUCAGGCAUGUAGAGGACGACUCAUAUAAGGCGACGAACUUGAAUGAGUAUCACGCAUACCUCUCGUCACUAACCUCGCAUCGAACCAUCACCAAACAACCCAGCAUCGUGAACUCCCCAACAGUCGCACUCAUAACCGGAGCUAACGGCGGCAUCGGCCGCGCUGCUGCCGAAAUCCUAGCUUCUGCUCAUGGUUACCACGUCAUCAUCGGUUCUCGCAGCCUCAAAGCAGGCCGAGACGUAGCCGAUGCCCUCACGUCUCGCGGCCUGUCCGCGUCCGCCAUCCAACUCGAUCUCACCGCCGACAAAGACAUCCUCGCAGCGGCGGCCUUCAUAUCCGAGACGUUUGGAAAACUCGACGUCCUGGUCAACAACGCCGGCGCUCACUUCGACAUGAACGACAACCUCUCCGUGUGUGAGCAGUGGACGUCCACCUUCUCCACUAACGUCAUCGGCACCGCCGUCUUGACCGACGCGCUCCUCCCGCUCCUCCGCAAGGCCCAGUUCCCGCGCAUCGUCUUCGUCAGCUCGACUAAGGGGUCCAUGGCCGCUGCCCUGGACGGGAGCGCCGGGUUCUACGACGUUGCGGUCAAGGCGUAUGAUGCCAGCAAGGCUGCGGUCAAUAUGUUGGCCAUCGGUUAUGCUAGGGUGUUGAAGGGUGACGGGGGCGUUGCGAAUGCUGUGUGCCCCGGGCUCAUUGAGACGAAGAUGACGGCGUUUAUGGGGAAGGAUCUGCUGGCUAAUCAUGGCGCUGCUUCGGUUGAGCUGGGGGCGAAGAGGAUUGUGGAGAUGGCUACGCUGGAGGAGGGGAGUGCUGUGUCGGGGGCGUUUUCGAACAGGGAUGGGACUAUUCCUUGGUGAGAGUAAAUGCCAUCGUCAUGAUGUGCUUGGAAAUGUAGGCAAGCUCGCCCUCGCAACGGUCCUAUAUGAAGAUCUGAAGGCUCAGGCCAGGUGCCAGGCGUGUGACAAGCUUCCCCGUACGAUAGAU